GACCCCGCUCAGCUGGCGGAGCCGGGCGGGGGCCUCAGAGGACAGCGCUCGCGGGGCGCGGGAAGAAGUCUGGCUGAAGAGGGCAGAGAGCAGUUCAGAAAGAAGGGACUGGAUCGGGGAGCCCUCCGGGCAAGACUGGCUGCCCGUUCCUUGUCAGGCAGUUCAAACCGCAGGUUCCAUUAUGGGUUGACUUAAUGGGAAGGUCAUCGCCCUGACAGCUGCUCAGGGGAUCAGCAGGGCAGCUGCCUUAGCUUUUGCAAGAGAAGGUGCCAGAGUCAUAGCCACAGAUGUCAAUGAGUCCACACUUCAGGAACUGGAAAAGUACCCGCGUAUUCAAACUUGAGUCCUUGAUGUCACAAAGAAGAAACAAAUUGAUCAGUUUACCAGUGAAAUUGAGAGAUUUGACAUUCUCUUUAAUGUUGCUGGGUGAUUCAUAACUUUUUAAUUUCACUCUCCUUACAGAAAGUUUUCUAUGUCUUUUAUUAAAAGAAUUUGAUAAUAUGGCGAAAUUAUUCAUUGUGAACCCUAAUAUAUUCCUUAGGAAAUACAGCUGGAUUUUGGGCAGAAUUUUUAUUGCAAGAUUCAGCAAGUAGGACAGCCAUGGAAUUGACAUGGGCUUGGGGCCUAAAGGCAAUUAAGGAUCCUCAAGACAACUGGUACCAGUCCAAAGCUAUGGAUCUUCCCGAGGCUGGGAACAGUCUCACACCCGUGCACUUGUCGCUGAUGUUCAACUAGGACUUAUAAAACAAAGUGAAAAACUGUUUUCCAGGAGUGUCUUUAAAGCAAAGUAUAUCUACCAGAAGCCAAGUACACAGUUUAUUGAAAUGCAAAUGUUCCAAAUUUUUUGGCCCAACAUUUGGCAAGUCCUUUACACCUCCCAAGCACUGUGUUUGUUAUUGAGACAAUUACUCCCAGCCGAAGAAGUUUCAUUCUGUCCCUUUGUAUACAGCACAAAGAGAAUGGCUUAAUUGAACUUAAUAGGGCGGUACCCAACUUGCUGAUUUACACACGGAGGGCGAGAGGCUGGAGCUGGAGCGGCUCGCGGGGAGCGGCUUGUGGGAACAGGGAGUGCUAGUACUCACUCCCUUCUCAGGUGUGACACUGGAGACGAGGACAGGUUUGUCCAUCAUGGCACCAUCCUGGACUGUGAGGAGAAAGACUGGGACUUCUCAAUGAGUCUCAACGUCCGCAGCAUGUACCUGAUCAUCAAGGCAUUUCUCCCUAAGUAAGAUGACCACCACUGCUAGGAUGCUUGCUCAGAAAUCUGGCAACAUCAUCAACAUGUCCUCUGUGGCUUCCAGCAUCAAAGGAGUUAUGAACAGAUGUGUGUACAGCACAACCAUGGCGGCCAUGACUCGCCUCACCAAGUCCAUGGCUGCAGACUUCUUCCAGCAGGGGAUCAGGUGCAGUUGUGUGUGUCCAGGAACACUUGACACCCCAUCUCUGCAAUAAAGAAUACAAGCCAGACCAAACCCCGAAGAGGCACUGAGUGAUUUCCUAACGAGACAGAAGACGGGAAGAUUUGCAACCGCAGAAGAAAUAGCCAUGCUCUGCGUGUAUCUGGCUUCUGAUGAAACUGCCUAUGUGACAGGGACUCCUGUCGUCAUCGAUGGAGGCUGGAGUCUGUGAGGCAGGGUCUCCUCGAGGGCAAGACAGGCCCUUCCCGUCCACAGGGUGUGAAGAAAACUCACUCAGCAUCUCUUUCCUAUUAAUGCUUUAGGAGAGGAAGAGUUCCGUUUAGGAAAAGAAGCAUCGUAGAUGCACUGAAGGAGGUUAUUGGACGGAAGUUGGGUUUACCCAUUCUUUCCACAAAGGAGGACCUGAGAGACGACAAUGAGCGGUUUCUUUCUGGGGGAGACAUUUACUUGAAAGUGUCUCUCUUGCCUGAAAACCAGUGAUUACAAGUGGCACUUGCUUAAAGGAGUGAAAAACAGAAAUAAGAGAUGGGCAAGAAUUAGUGACUCUGGUUUCUCUGAAAAUGAUGGAAUCCACAGAUUUCUCUUUGGUGACUCAUUUCCUCAUUUCAACAUUGGAAAAUCACCUGGAGCUUUCCUGCUUCAUCAAGUUGGCCCAUUACAGAGGACAAUUUAACAGUAAUAUUCCUUGGAAUACGUGCAGUAUAACACAAAAAACAGGAUGGGAAAGAACUCAUGAAAAUAUGAUGGUCAACAAGGGCUUUUUCAAGAGAGGUAAAAAGAUCUUGUUCCUCUUCCCUCUAUCAUCUUACUCUUAAUUGUAAAUCAUGGAGGAUGAAGAUAAGACAAUUGAAUGUGAAGAUUCAGCACCAUCCACAGAGAUGAAUCAUGUAGCCUCUAUGGAUCAAGAAACACAGGAGACAGUUAUGAACCUCAAAGGCAUAGAUGGAAAUGAACCAACAGAAGGAAGUAACCUAUUGAAUAGUAGUGAAAAAAGGCUGCAGGAAAUACCAACUGAAUCAACUCAUUUGCAAAGACUAAGACAGACAUUUGCCUGUCCUCCACAUGGUUUACUGGAUAGAGUAAUAACAAAUGUUACCAUCCUCGUUCUUCUGUGGGCUGUAGUUUGGUCAAUUACUGGCAGUGAAUGUCUUCCUGGAGGAAACUUAUUUGGAAUUAUAAUCCUUUUCUACUGUGCCAUCUUUGGAGGUAAACUUUUGGGGCUCAUUAAGUUACCUACAUUGCCUCCGCUGCCUCCUCUUCUUGGCAUGCUGCUUGCUGGAUUUCUCAUCAGAAAUAUCCCUGUCAUCAGUGAUAACGUGCAGAUCAAGCACAAGUGGUCUUCCACUUUGAGGAGCAUAGCGCUGUCCAUCAUAUUGGUUCGUGCUGGCCUUGGGCUUGAUCCACAGGCCCUGAGGAAGUUGAAGGGAGUCUGUGUAAGAUUAUCCAUGGGUCCCUGUCUUGUGGAGGCAUGCUCAUCUGCCCUUCUUGCCCACUUCCUAAUGGGUUUACCAUGGCAAUGGGGAUUUAUACUGGGUUUUGUCUUAGGUGCUGUAUCUCCGGCUGUCGUGGUGCCUUCAAUGCUCCUUUUGCAGGAAGGAGGCUAUGGUGUUGACAAAGGUGUCCCAACCUUACUCAUGGCUGCUGGCAGCCUUGACGACAUUCUGGCCAUCACUGGCUUCAACACGUGCUUGGGCAUGGCCUUUUCCACAGGCUCCAUGGUUUUUAGUGUCCUCAGAGGCGUUCUGGAGGUAGUAAUUGCUGUGGCAGCUGGGUCUCUUGUUGGAUUUUUUGUUCAGUACUUUCCAAGCAGUGACCAGGACAGACUUGUGUGGAAGCGGGCAUGCCUUGUCCUGGGGCUCUCUGUGCUGGCCGUGUUCAGCAGUGUGUACUUUGGUUUCCCUGGGUCAGGAGGACUGUGCACACUGGUCAUGGCUUUCCUUGCAGGCGUGGGAUGGACCAGUGAAAAGGCAGAGGUUGAAAAGAUUAUUGCAGUUGCCUGGGACAUCUUCCAGCCCCUUCUCUUUGGACUGAUUGGAGCAGAGGUAUCUAUCAUAUCUCUCAGACCAGAAACUGUAGGCCUUUGUGUUGCCACCCUGGGCAUUGCAGUACUGAUACGAAUUUUGACUACAUUUCUGAUGGUGUGUUUUGCUGGUUUUAACAUAAAGGAAAAGAUAUUUAUUUCUUUUGCAUGGCUUCCGAAGGCUACAGUCCAGGCUGCAAUAGGAUCUGUGGCUUUGGACACAGCGAGGUCACAUGGAGAGAAACAGUUAGAAGAAUACGGAAUGGAUGUGUUGACAGUGGCAUUUUUGUCCAUCCUCAUCACAGCCCCAGCUGGAAGUCUCCUCAUUGGUUUGCUGGGCCCCAGGCUUCUCCAGAAAGUUGAACAUCAAAAUAACAAUGAAGAAGUUCAAGGAGAGACCUCUGAACAAGUUUAGAGGUGAAAAGAGAGAAUGCUGAAUAUAAUGAUUGGAAAGCUGCUACCAGAGGCUACUUUUAUCAAGAUGGAUAUUGAAAGAUGUAAUAUUUAAGCUUAAAAUGUAACAGAACCAAAAGUGUGGCUAUUUCUUUAAACAGCAUUUUCAACCAUUACCCUUUCCAUGUGGGUGGUAAUGUUCUACAUCUCCAACCUGAUCUCUCUACCUUCUUUUUUUUUUCCAAACACUCCAUCAUAUAUCUUAAUCUGUGUGGGGACACACACACUUUAAUGUACCACCACAACUUAAAAUUAACAUGGGAAAGAUCAAGUUUGGUGUCCUGUUCUGGUAGCCAACAGCUCACUCUAAGUUACUGGUACUGUCACAGUUUUAUGAUGCAUGGUCACCUAGCCUCUCAUGCUUUGAAUUGUUUUUGGAUCUUCUUUUCUUUUUAAAUACCAUAAUGUAAUCUCUCAUCAGUUUCUACCCUCACUUUCCCUGCUAAUCUGCCUCUUCUCCAUUUCUACCCUUCUUACUACCUUUCUGUGAAUUAUUGUAACUGAUUGGUCCCACCAGAAUUUUUAAGUACACAGAGUAUCUCUCUUGGAUCUUCCUCUUGCACCUAUCUAGAUGAAAGAACCCCUUAUCCUACCUGCUGGCUGGCCCCACAGAGUCCUCCACUUCUGUGGCCCCUCUGAGUUUGCCUCCUGCUAAGGAUUGCCCUGGUCCAGCCCUUUCUUGGUUGUUUCUUGUGACCUACAUCUUCAGGCUCUUCCUGUUCUCUAGGUGAGAAAGGGCCAAUUUUCAAAUCUAUGUCACUCUCAUGAAUAUCAUAUUAAUCAGGGUAAGUUAAGCUGCUAUGAGGAAGAAACAAAAAAUACAGUACUUAAAAGAAAAUAGUAAUUUAUUUCCUUCUCAUGAAACUGACUGCCUGGUCAAUGCUGACAGGGUUGCUCUGCUCAUGAGGUCUACUCAGAGACCCGUGUCCUUCUGUCUUGAGGCUCCACCAUGCCCUAGCUUAGGCCACAGGUUAAAGAUGGAUCUCUCCCAUGUCCCCUUUCUAGCCUUCAGGAAGAAGGAAAAAAGAAAGUCCAAGGCAAGCAAUUUAUUUUUAAGGAAGUGAUGAGGGAGUUAGACAUAUCUCUCCUCUUACAUUCUGUUGGUGAUGACCACGUCCAGCUGUGAGGAGGCUGAAAAGUGUCAUCUGUCAAUGAGUGUUCACAUUCCUAGAAGGAUGGGAAGAUCAGAUUUAAAAGUCAGAAGUACCAUUGUGUUGGGUAUUGCCAUCACUUAGCAUAUUCUUGCAUGUUAACAGGGCUUUCUAAAGAUGGUACCUUUAAUCAAAAGACUGACUUCUGUGGCAGGAGUUUCAGACAUUGUGACUUGCCAGGAGAGAAGACAGAAGAAAGGCUUGUCUGCAUAGGUCACGCUUUAUCCCACUUAUUCAACAGACCAUCUCUGCUUUUGUGUAUCACCCAUAAGUUCUCUUUACUCUAGGUCAACUCCUGCCUAGUUGCUAGAAUAGUCAUGUUCAAAUACCGUGUACAGCUCUUAUCAUGUUGUAUACCUGAAGCAUUUAUUACUUAUUUGUUACUUCCCAUCUAAACUCUUUAACCUAGAAUUCAGAGUUCAAUCUAAUCUUGAAGUAGAUAUUAGAUAUGUAUUAAAUGGAUGGAUUAGAAUAUUCUGAUCCCACCAAGCUGAUCUGCAUAUAGCCUGUCCACUCCUCUCUUGUCAUUAGACUACCAUUCCAACCCCUUCCACCAUGACUUUCAUCUCUGUUCAAAACUAGCUUAACUUUUAUUAAGCUAACAUAAUUUGAAGCCUGUUAAGGCAUGCAUAUUUUAUGGCAGCCUGACUCUGGUUACUCUGUGGUAUUGUAUUCCCUUAGUGUUUAUGUUCUCAAUUGGGACUGGAUUAAUUUAUACCAAAGUUCAGAUGGAUCUUUCAAACUGAACUUCAUUGGUUAGGUGCACCUUGGUGGUAGCACCGUAAACUUAAUGCUCAUCUAGUCCUUCAGAGCCUUUCACAGGCUCUGAAACUAGAUUCAUUCAACAAAUACUUACUGAAAGGCUUUGGUGACCCAGGCACAUUAUUAAGACUGUCUUUAAGGAUCUGAUAGAGGAGACAGACAAUUAAACAAGAGCUUGAAAAGCAGUGUGAUAAGUGCUAUGAUGCAGGAAGUACAGGAGUGCUAGGGAGCUCAUAGCAGGAGCCCCCACUAAUCGGGGGAGGUAAGGUACAGUUUAGGCACAGCUUCCAGAGAGAGCAGGACCUCGGCUGGGACAUAGGGGAUGAUUAGGACUUAGACGGCACAGGGCAACGUGAGGCCGAAGGCUGCCACAGUGAGUGCUAAUUUCCGUGUUCAUCAGUAGUUUUUCUUCAGGUACCAGGCUUUGAAUACUUAUUAAUUUAUACAAAAUACAGUUAGUAUAAGUAAAGGAGAAUGUUUUUAUAAAUAUCCAAGAGCCCAAAGAAGAAUUAGAAAUGGAAAUUCAGCAUGUAUAAAUAGUUGAAGAGCCCAGUAAGCCCCUGCCAAUAGCCCAUUCCAUUUUGCCAAGCACACAGCAAGUUCUCUCCUCCCUCUCCUCGGUGGACAGCCACCAUCUGAAUUUCUGUGACUCUCUGUCAGUAUCGGCCUCUGCAGGGCUCACUGUGUGAAGUCUUGGGUUUGUCACCACAUCGUGAGUCACAGCUCUUCACUUAUUUGGUGAACUCAGAGUUAACUUUGGAUGCAGAGUGUUGACUCGGACCAACCAGACUUACCCCACCCCAACCACAGAUAGAAACAAUUACUCUAACCUCUGGGUGCCUGAAAGAAGGGUGUAUGUGCCCUGCACAUACUUCUGUCAGAGCACUUAUAACCCUUUUUUCAAUUUGUUUGCAUGUUUGUCUCCCAUUAAAUCAGUCCCUUAGAGGUGGGAGCCUUGUCUUGGUCACCUUUGAAUCCUCAGCACUUUGCACAGGGCAUGGAACACAGUAGGCAUUUAACAAAUGUUUAUUGACUGAAUCAGUGAGGAGAUCCUCUUCCAGUAUAAGAAA